AUGCGAGGCGUCAAUAUACUUCUUGCUUUGUCUGCGAUUGGGGGCAGUGCUGCUCUUGAACGUCGCGGGAAGCUUACAGCAGCCACUGAUGCCAACAGUACUCUUCCUUUAGCUAAACGGUACAUCAUCGAGUUCGAGCCAGGCUCCAAUCAUGCUGACCUCAAAACUGAAAUCGCUUCUCGACCUGGUGCCAAGAUUCUUAAAGAGUUCAACAGCAACGUCUUCUCGGGACUUAGUGUUGAGACCACAGCAGAUAAUAUCGACUCUCUCCAAGCAAUAAAGUCUGUCUCCAAGGCUUGGAGCUCGAACAAACUUAAGCUUGGUCCCCAUCUCCCAACUGCAUCAUUUAGUGAUGAUGCAUCCGCACCUGAAUACUCGGUGCAUUAUGCUACGGGAGUUGAUAAACUGCACGAUGCUGGUAUAUAUGGCAAGGGGGCUGUUGUGGCUAUCAUUGACACUGGUACUCAAUAUACUCACCCUGCUCUAGGAGGUGGCUUUGGGCCAGGGUACAAAGUUGCCGGCGGAUACGACUUCGUUGGUCAAGGGUUAGAUGAAGGCGUGGUUGUUACCAUUGCCGCAGGUAAUAAUGGCGAGGAGGGCCCAUUCUUCGGCAGCAACGGAGCUGCAGGGAAGAACGUGCUCGCAGUUGCCUCUACAGAAGCCUCAAUUCUCGCCGCACCCCCCUUCCUGGCUACGUUUAACCUGGAUGGAGAGACGAACACAACGAAGGUUGCUUAUUUGUAUGGCUAUUACAGCUUCCCAACCGACCUGGUGGGCCUGCCCAUUGUUCCGCUUUCAGGAGACAUGACCGUCCCGGAUGAGGCUUGCGAUACCCUCCCCGAGACGACAGGCAAUUUAUCAUCUGUUAUUUCACUUGUCCGGCUAGGUGGAUGCGGUCCUUGGACAAAGGCUUACAGACUCGAAGAGUAUGGAGCACGCUAUAUCCUGUUUUACAAUGAUGAUGAGCCGAUUCAACCUCCAUACACAUUCAGCAACAGCAUUACAGGCACUAUCGAAGCUAGAGCAGGGGCCGCUAUUAUUGAGACGGUCAAGGCCGGUGGUAAUGUCACAGCUGAUUUCUCCUUGGACCCUGAAACAAAUUAUGUCGGCAUGUAUAACUCUGCGGGAGGAGUUCCGAAUUACUUCACAAGCUGGGGUGGUUUGUAUGAUCUUUCCCUGAAGCCCGAAAUCGCCGCCCCUGGAGGAGAUAUUUUUAGCACAUAUCCCGACAACACCUAUGCUGUCCUCAGCGGUACUUCAAUGGCAACUCCGUAUGUUGCUGGGGUAGCUGCUCUGUAUAUCGGAAAGUACGGCGGACGAAAGUCUAAUCCUAACUUCAAUGCAAAGAAGUUGGCAAUGCGUAUUAUCUCCAGUGGAGGUUCCGUUCCAUGGUCUGAUGGGUCUACCACAACGGACUACGGCUUCUGGGCACCUGUCCCUCAAGUCGGAACAGGGAUGGUUAACGGCCUUAAAGUCCUCAACUAUACCACUUCGCUGUCCUAUGCCAAGUUCGAGCUCAAUGAUACACACCACUUCAGUCGGUAUCACAGCGUGGAUAUCACCAACAACGGGCAAAGCUCUGUCACUUAUCGCUUCGCUCUACAGGACGGGGCCGGCGUAGAGAUGUGGCAAUCGGACCCUGACGCCUGGUCGUCCCCUCGAAUCAAGUAUUUUGAAGAACUUACUCCGGUGAAGAUGACGCCGCAGGUAUCAUUUCCCUCCGCAUUUACCUUGAAGGCUGGCGAGACCAAGACUGCCAAGUUCGGCUUCAAUUAUCCUACCGGUCUCAAAAAUCUCCCAUUGUACAGUGGCAAGAUUCUCAUCAGCUCCAGCGAGGGCGAGCAGCUCUCAGUCCCCUACUAUGGACUCGCCUCGGAUCUGAAGCAAGAUCUGAAGCAACAGUUUCCGGAAGGUUACCCGGCGUCGAUGUCUACACGGGAUUACAUUCCCAUUGAUCAGAAGUCCAAUUAUACUUUCAACCUCGCUGCCGACGUAAAUGAUUUCCCUAUUGUGUAUGCUAGGACGCACUGGGGUAUUGGUGAGCUCCGCUGGGAUAUCUUUGACUCAACCUGGACCGAACGUAAAUGGGUAUAUCCGCCGGUCCCAGGCCAGAACGGUUACGUUGGCACUGUGGCGUACUGGGCCGACUCUGGCUACUACUAUUACUUUGAUCCUGCCAACAAUGACGCCAAUAAUACGAUCUCGUUCCCGCUCAAGGACAUCUACAGGAGCUCUGUUGAUGUCGGUGAUCAGGAGUACUGGUGGCUCGGGAGGCUGGGCGAUGGCACUCAGAUCAAGCCUGGUAAAUAUGUGAUGCGCUUUGCCGUCCUUGCACCCUUUGGAGACCCGACACAUGCCGACAACUGGGACACUUUCACGAAGCCUUUCACGGUUCUCCCACUUGCCUAA